AACGGCGCUCACCUAUCUGGUGCUAAAGUGAUGUCACAGGUGCAGGUAUAAAGGCUACGGGGCGAAGCACAGUUUGUACUUUGGAAGAGUUAUGCUGUUGUUGUGGUAGGAAAUAAUAAAAAAUAUAAUAAAAGCAGGGAAGAACCUCCACAAACUUUAAAUGGAAAAUACCAGGUUUACAACAAUACGCCCAGGUGUGUGCCGCAGUGACUCCUUGGACCAGGUGCGAUGAGCCUCAGCGUCGGUCAUCUGCAGAAAACGAAGCCGGUCGUAGAUUUCCUUCUGUUUGGUCUGCAGGCCCCCUGCCCCGCCCUGUAGCUGCCCCGCCCCGCCCUCUAGGUGCCACGCGCUCUACCUCUCCCCGCCCUGUAGCUGUCCCACCCUGUACCUGUCCUGCCCCACCCUGUAGCUACCCCGCCCUGUACCCAUCUCUAGACCUUAACCUUCUUUGUUUUGACGAGUGAGCACAUGCUUGUCUGCUUGACACCAGCCACACUGCCCCACCCCAAAUCUCCACCCCCCGGUGAUGCAAUGGACUCUGGCCACGCCCGGCAGGAGGGUCCCGCUCACCCGGCAGCGGGCCCGGAGCAGCAGGACCCCGCCGAAUUCCAGCUGCAGGUGGACUUCUUCCGGAAGCUUGGCUACUCCCAGCGGGAGGUCCGGACGGUCCUGCAGAAGCUGGGCCUGAACUCCGACACCAACGCCGUCCUGGGGGAGCUCAUCCGUAACCAGGCCGACGCCGAGAGGGAACCCGCCGCCCCCCCCGCCGCCGUCCUGGUCCCGCGGACCGGCGGCUCCGCCCGGUCCCCCGGCGGCCUGCCCCCCACCCCCCCUCCACAGGACGAGGAGCCCGCGGAGGACGGGUCCCUCAAGCCCAUCGUCAUCGACGGCAGCAAUGUGGCAAUGAGCCACGGAAACAAGGAAGUGUUCUCCUGCCAAGGGAUACAGCUGGCGGUGAACUACUUCCUGGACAGAGGUCACUCCGACAUCACCGUGUUUGUGCCCUCCUGGAGGAAGGAACAGCCCAGGCCAGAUGUACCUAUUACAGACCAGCACGUCCUGCGGGAGCUGGAGCGGAAGAAGAUCGUGGUCUUCACGCCGUCCCGCCGCGUCGGCGGGAAGCGCGUGGUCUGCUACGACGACCGCUUCAUCGUCAAGCUGGCGAACGAGUCCGGCGGCAUCAUCGUGUCCAACGACACGUACCGCGACCUGCAGAGCGAGCGGCCCGAGUGGAAGCGCUGCGUGGAGGAGCAGCUGCUCAUGUACUCCUUCGUCAACGACAAGUUCAUGCCCCCUGAUGACCCGUUGGGUCGGCACGGGCCCAGCCUGGAGAACUUCCUGAGGAAGAAGCCGCUCGCCCCAGAACACAAGCGCCCGCCGUGUCCCUACGGAAAGAAGUGCACGUACGGGAUUAAGUGUAAGUUCUACCACCAGGACCGCGCCCACCACUCCCAGCGUUCCCUGGCCGACGAGCUGCGGGCCAACGCCAAGCUCGCCACCCUCAAGGAGGACCGGAGGCCCUCCUCCUCCUCGCCCAAGAAGGCGGGGCAGGGGGAGUCCGCCCUGGCGCCGGCGUCCCCGUGCCUGUCCCUGGAGCAGGAGGUGGAGUUCCGGCUCAGUUUGGAGCAGCGCGGCUCGCCGCAGGGCUGCCACGUCAGCGAGAACGUGCUUCUGCACCGCGCCGGGGGCGGGGCCCACCACGGCCGGAGGCCCGCCCCCAAAAAGGGCCCGGCCGCCAAUCACCACGCCCCGGCCGGCGCUGACUCCGCCUACCUCAGCGGCUCCUCCCAGGAGCGUCUGGACUCGGGCCUGGGCUCCUACGAGAGCCACGGCGACCCCCACGCCGGGCCCUGCUCUUCCUCCUCCUCCUCCUCUUCCUCCUGCUCGUCCUGCAGGUCCCCGCAGCGCUACGUCCGCCCCGGCCACGGCCCGGAGAGGCAGAAUGGCCGCCAGCCCUGCAGCUGCUGCUCUCACCUGGCCCCGCCCACCUGCCCGCACCACUACGGUCAGGGCCCCGCCCCCUGCCAGCCUUGGUCCCCCACCGCCACGUUUGGGGGGCCCCUGUACCCGGCCACCGUCCCGCACCCCUACAGCCUCCCUGCGAGCUUCCCCCGGGUUCACCCGGGCCCCCGCAAGUACUGGUCCGACUCCUACCAGCCCGUCCCCCCGUCCCGCUCAGCCAACAGCCUCCCCGACCAUCUCAGGAUGCCCGCCCCCCCAGAGCACGGCCUCAUGGGAGUCUACGGAGGAGAGCAGCACCACUGGGGCCCCCCCGGCCCCCCCCACGACCCCUUCCAGGCUGAGAGAGAGGAGGUCCGAAAGAAGUUGCAGGCCAUCUUUCACCCCUGUCAGGUGGACAAGGUCAUGGGCAUGUUCCCCCACGUCCUGGACCCCCAGGCCCUCGCCGCCAAAAUCCUCACGCUGAAGUCCCAGGGUGGAGCGCUGUGAAGUGUUUACCCUCCCCCCCCCAGCCCUCUUGCCUCGUUUUGCCAUCUUACCCUCAGGUUGCUUGUUGGAACCUUUGGAGGAAGCGGCUCAUUUGCAUAAACGUUGCUUGCCAUUCUUGCCAUGCUUCAGUUGGAUGUUGUUGUUGUGGUUGUUGUUACUGGUGUUGCUAGGUGUGCCCUGUUCCAGAUAUCCCGUACCAGUCGUCUUUUCGGAUGUUUCUGGGGAGUGCGGCACGCAGUAGUUCCUUUUCUUUUUCUUCUUUUUUAAAUGCAAGCACGGGGAAGUCUUUGUGUUUGGAAAUACAGCCACCUUGUUUUUAGUAUAACAAUACAGGCUUCCAUUGCAUAUUUGUAUGCUGACUUUUUUUUCCAAUGCAAACUUGUCAAAUUUGAGGACUUCACCACAACUGUCAAUGCAUGAAAUUUAUCAUCUUGUGUGUGGUAUUUAAUUAAGCUUCGAACGAAAAGCCCUCUGGUCGUUUUUUUUUUGUUUGUUUUUUAAUCACUAUGUCAUUAUAGUGGGCCAAAUUAAUCUCAUCUCAGGAUUCUUGCAUUCGUGUUGUGACUUCGCAGUUUAGUCUCUGAAGGAAUUUUUCCGUAAACACGUGUUAGGCUGAUGCCUUUUAAUUUUAAGCAAGCUCAGUGGGAGAGAAACGGCCGCAGCUAUUUGUGAGCAGCCUGACUCCUGCUUGGGCAUGCAAACCAGUAUUUUGCAACUGGAAAUGACAUCUCAGUCCUCUGUUUUUUCGACGCCGAUGAUUGUGAAGCUCACCGCUGAAAUAUGCGUGGCACGAGCGAACAGAUGCGCGCGCGGACAGCAGGUGGUCCAGAGUGCGUGAGUGUCUCGCUCAGUCUGUUCGAAGGUGUGCGUUUUACGCAGAUUCCGGGUGGGCGGGCAAUGCGGAAACGGAGAUUAUUCCGUUUACAGAUGUUCUCUGUAUUCGCCUUUGGACUCUGCUGGCGUUAUUUUUGAGCGUACUGUAAUAGAACGUUCGGUUAAGACUCGCGGUUUGUUUUUUUCUGUAUAUAUAUAAAUAAGUCUUCAAAGUCCGGCUUUAAUGAACCUGAGACGCUGAGUCAAUAAAUCUCUAAAAGUAAUCUGACGCGUGAAUGUUAAAAUGGCUACCCCUGAUAAUUUUAUAUAUCAGUAAUUUCUUAGGACACGCUAUUAUCGUUAGAAUCAGCGCCGUAGUUGUUGCGAUCUGGCAUUAAGAAAACGCCCGUGUCUUUGGCUUUCCCAGUCCAGUGUCCAGUGUUACUUUUACUUUGUAAAGUAACAAAGUUUACUGAUGCCUCAGUGUUCAUCGAGCGCACGUUAGACUUUCGACAAGCACUUUAUGCGCCACAGCGUCCGUGUACAAUAACAUCGGAAAUGAAAAGUACAGGUACACCAUCGCUGGUGGCGCAGUGUAUCGCUGCAUCUUGCCAAUGUCAACGUCCAGUCAGUGCACUGAGGCGCUUAUAACUGUUGUUGAAAUCUGAUCUUGCUAAUCUCUUUGUAUUUUGGAAUGUGUGGGUAUUCACACCUGCUGUGUGAACGUUGUUUUUUUGCCUGUCACAUUUAAAAAAAAAAAAAAAAAAAAAAAUUUUUUUGGUUUAAGAGGCUUGUUUUGACAAGUUCCACAGCAGUGGAUUAUUGAUGCAUAUUGUAUCUUUGUGUAUGUACACUUUAUGUUCUAAAACAAAAGCCUUUUAAUAACCAAGAUGGCAAAAGAAAUAUAGUCCAGUUAUGGUGUAAAAAAAAAAAGAAUCUUUUGACCUUACUGUUGACCAGACCUUUGCCUUGUUUAUAGUGUUUCUGGAAAGCGAUGAAAUGUAAAAUUUUAAAACAGUUGGUAGCUGUGUACAGUUAGUACCACUGCCUCUCCAAACGUGUGAUGUCAUUAAGGCUGCGAUUUUAUCAGGGAUUCUGUGAAAUCAAUAGAUUCUUGUGAAAAUCCUCAAUUUUACACUUAUGUAGGAGUUUCUCAUGUAUGAGUUACUCAUUUCAAAGGGCAGGAAAAAAGUGAAGAUGCUUUUUUUUUUUACAGACUCUACCUUGGUUUGGGUUUGCCGCUGACAGGCUCUUACCGUGUGAACUGUGUACACUUAAUAGAAUCCAAUGCUGGUUAAAAAGCAACAGCAUAUUAUUACCCAAUAGCAAACCAGACGAGAGAAACUAGUCUCAGUGGCUGCAGGGAAUGUUUCAUGAAAGUGGCAAAGGAAUGAGGUUUGGUGCAGAUGACAUGUUCCUGAAGACAGCGAGCCAGAGGACGUAAUUGCAAACUCUGUGCUUGGUGCUUUGCAUAUAAGAGCUUGCCUGUCGGGUAGACAGCAGUCUUUCGCUCUGACACAGUCCUUGUUGGCUAAGAAAAACCUUGAUAUGGCAGCAGACGUGAAACAGGUAUUACUGGUUCAGAUUUUUUAAAUCAACCUGCCACCAUUUUUACCAUUUCUUCUAUUUUGCAUUUUGGAGAGUAUCCCAACAAGGAUAAACAUAUUGAGUGCCCAUUUCAAAGAUGACUUUCAGGUUGCCAUACACUGUUCACAGCAAACAGCAGACCCAAUCCAAUGUUAGAACCUGGUUUCUUAUAGCUAGUUUCUAAACCUUUCGUUCUGUCAUAAAAUAACCGUUCAUAUUGAGUGUGUACAUUUCCAUGAUGUCAUAACAUUGUCUGCUAGUUCCGUUGCAUUGCUAACUGCACUCUUCUUGUUUCUUGCCUGACAGUUUACACACACAAAACACUUUUUUAAAACCAUGGUAGCCCUGUGAUUGUUCUCUGGAUAAACCUCAGAGAGGAAAGAAUAGCUGUUCUGUGUGUACAGAAUUUCAUUCUUAAUAAAAGGUUUCUUGGCCUCUUCUGGAAAACUACAGUUAAAACUGUCUCCAUGGGCCACUGUCAUCAGAGCCACGCCCACUGUCCCCAAGGCCUCGCCCACUGUCCCCAGGGCCACGCCCACUGUCCCCAGGGCCACGUCUGCUUUCCCAGAAGCCCUCUGAAGAAUGCCGAUAAGACUCACGACCCAGCAUUCUCCAGAAGAGUGCCGUUUUAUCCAAAGGG